GAAGCAAAUAUAUAUGUAUGUAUGUAUGUAUGUAUGUAUGUAUAUACAUGUACAUGCAUACAUAGGUACACACAUGUUCUACUUAGAGUAUAAUUUCUACAGCAAACAGAACUAACCAGUUCCUUGGGAGGUUGUACUAGUUUCCCAUCACUGUAACAACUGAGAUAAUCAGCUCACAGAGGAGAGGUCGAUCCUAGCUCCUAGGUUUGGAGUUCAGGCAACGGCACCAUUGUUUCUGGGCCUGUCUUGCAGGGCGUCACGGCAGAGAGCAUGGUGUAGAACACAGUCAUGGCCGGCCACGUAGCAAGAGAGAAGAAUCUGCCCGCUAAGGCCAUAGUCUUCUCGAUCUGAGGACGUCCCACUAGGCCUUUACCUCCCAACAGUGUCGAGCCGGGGACACCUGAAACCUUUUUGAGGACAUUCUAGAGAGCAGUGGUCCUCACCCUUCCUAAUGCUGUGACCCUUUAAUACAGUUCCUCAUGCUGUGGUGACCCCCAACCAUACAAUUAUUUCUGCUGCUACUUCAUAACUAUAAUUUUGCUGGCAUUAUGAAUUAUAAUAUAAAUAUCUGUUUUCUGAUGGUCUUCAGUGACACGCUGUGAAAGGGUCAGGACCCACAGAUUGAGAACCACUGUUCUAGUGGCUAGAUACUGUUAGUGACUACAAAAGAGUUUGAGGGGCUCUCUGGGGAAUCCCAGCUUCUUGGAACUGGGUGUGAAGGCUGCUGAACUUCUGCUGUCCCGCAGGCUGUGUUGUCAGUAGGGGAGAGAGGGCCUGACACACCCCGACGACACGCCCUCCCCUCUUCAAUCGGUUGGCUGAUUUACAUGCUCUAUUGUGGUCCAGAGGCUUCUCCAUUCCUGUACCACACAGCACUCAGAGCACAGCAGAACAGAGCAACUCCGGGACAGCCUUCUGCCUCUGGCCAUGGCCUGCCCUGGUUGCCUGCCUCUCCUCCUGACUGGAGCCUUCUUGGCAGUCUUCCAGCCCACCCUGAGCCAUCCUGAGGCAAUGCUGGUCUUCCCAGGCCAAGUAGCUCAGCUCAGCUGCACAGUCAACUCCCAGCAUGCCACCUCGGGGGGCUUUGGUGUGUCUUGGUAUCAGCAGCGCCCGGGCAGUGCUCCCCAGCUCCUCUACUACCACUCGGAAGAGGAGCACUACCGGCCCGAUGACAUUCCUGACAGGUUCUCUGCUACCACGGGUGUGGACCGCAGUAUCGGUGUGCUGACCAUCAGCCCUGUGCAGCCGGAAGACGAUGCCGACUACUUUUGCUCCAUUGCCUAUAACUUCGAUCCCUAGGUCUGGGGUACUGGAUGAAUGUCUUCUGUGUGUCCCCUACUUCUGCCCUGGCCUUGGACCGCUCUUUUUCCUCUGAGUCUUGCUUUUCUCCCUCUGCAAUAUGAGCUGAUAACAUUCAACAUCCAACCACAGUCAUGAUGACCCCGAGGAAAACAAAAAAGACAAAUCAGAGGACAUGGGAGUUGGAUUCUCAUGAUGGCUGUCAAAAGAGGAAACACCUGAGACUCUGAAGGAACUCGGCUCAGCCUUGCCCCUAUCCCCAGGGGUUUAGCUUGGUGGCUGACCUUCCAGUGACCUCAUGAACUGAAGGAAGAGAAAAAGGAACUAACUUUGUACCCAUCCUGCCAGCUCCACAUGGCUGAUUGUGGCCCAACGCUCGUUGUUCUUGGGUGGCUGGUCCCCAUGGGGUUCGUGCUGAUGGUUUGGGGGCGGGGCAGCUCCUGCUGCUCCCCUCAAGUCUCUGGCCAGGGGCAGGUGUUCUCUGAAGGGCCCCUGAGGGCCAGGGAUGGGGACAUUGAAAGUGGCUGACAGCUCAUGCAGCUCCCUCCCCUCAAAGACAGUGUGUUCUACUGCCCCCCCCCCGGAAGCUUUCCCACAGAUGGGUGACCACACCUGAGGAGUCACCGGCCAACGGGUGGCACAAUUAACUGUAGGGCCAGCCUUGCUGUGAGAAGCUGAACUGAGUGGCAUUGGAGCCUUCAGAAAGAUCCCUGAGCCGGUGUGGUGGCACAUGGCUUUCAUCCCCAAACUCGGGUGGGUCUCUGUGACCUGACAGCCAGCCUGGUCUGCAUAGGGAGCUGCAGACAGCCAAGGAUAGAUAGUGAGACCUUGUCUUGAACCAAAACAAAAUUCCUGGGCUGGGGUUCCAGAUCAGCGAUAGAAUAUUUGCCUGGUAUGAAAGAUGUCCCUGGGCUCAGUCCCCAGGAUAGCAAAGGCAAACACACAUAAUCACCUCCCCCCCAGUCAUACCCAGGGUGCGGUUAUGUAUACCUUUAAUCCCUGUACUGGGGAGGCAAAGGCAGGCGGAUCUCUGUGAGUUCGAGGCCAGCCUGGUCUACAUAGUAAGUUCCAAGACAGCCAGGGAAGAAACCGAACCCUGUCUCAAAAAACAAACAAACAAACAAACGCCUCAUAUCUGGAGGUGAGCACCUAGCUGCAGCGUUUGGAGGAUCCAGAGUCCCAGGAGGGGCCAGUUUACAGUCUUGACUAUCUUGGGGCCCUUCAACCUUUAAUCCCCCUUCAUCUCCUUGUGGUCUUAUGUGGGCGGCUGGAGCGCAGAGGGGGGCAGGUAGGACAGGCAAGGCCAGGGUUACCCUGGAAAGGAGGAGCCUCAGGGGAGGUACAGCAGUCAUCUGAGGCUCUAGACUCGGCUUUACCAACCUCAGUAUUUUCCCAUGCACUCUGUCCAACGCGGGCUCCCCUCUACUCUCCCCACCCGCCGGAACGCAGCCACACCACCCUGCCAAACUGCAGCCUGGCUCAGCAGCAGGAGCACAGAUGCUGAGACCUCCGUGAAGACUAGAGUGGUCCCGGAAGUGCUCACUGACACGGAGGCGGGGUGGGAGACGGCGAGA